AGAGAGAGAGAGAGAGAGAGAGAGAGAGAGAGAGAGAUCUGCUCGAAGGAAGAGAACAAGGAAAAAAAAAAGGGAAGAAAAGAUGAUGUCCGGAGGUUAUACCAGCAUUGAUAAUCAGAAAGUUUCUGGAUCCGUACCCGCGGUUUCAGAUCCGGGCCACGUCACCGUCAAAUUCGCAGAUUCGAGCCUUCAGACAUUUCCUCCGACAGGUGCUCAGGGGAAGAUAUCUAGUGGAGCUCAACCUCCUCGCGAUGCCGAUGAUACAUUUUCAAGGCCUGCUGGUGGCUCUGACGAACCACAAGGAAGUGGCUGGUUUCGUACAUUCACAGUGGGUGCAUACAAGCCAUACUUUGAUGUCGAUACUUCAGAUGUUUUGGAUAGACUUAAGGAGUCACUCUUUCCAUUUAGAGGAACGUUUACAGAGAAAACAGCAACCAACCCAGACUUGUAUGGACCAUUCUGGAUAUGCACCACUCUUAUAUUUGUAGCAGCAUCUAUUGGGACUUUCGUGACCUACAUAGCACACAAGCUCAAGAAAAAAGAAUGGGAUUAUGACAUAAAUCUGGUUACAUGGUCUGCUGGUGUGUUCUAUGGCUAUGUCACUGUGGUUCCUCUUGCCUUGUAUGUUGUUCUCAAGUACUUCUCAGCACCAUCAGGCCUUGUCCAGCUGUUUUGCCUAUAUGGAUACUCCUUAUUUGUCUUUAUUCCAGCACUGUGCCUAUCUGUUGUCCCCUUGGAAAUUUUCAGAUGGGUAAUUGCUGGUGUAGCUGGGUUCAUGUCGGCGACUUUUGUGGCACUUAAUCUUAGAGCACAUAUUAAAUCAGCUGGUGAAAGAUGGUUCUUGAUUGUUGCUAGCAUCUUCCUGUUGCAGCUGGCUCUGGCUGUCGUACUCAAACUCUAUUUGUUCACUGUUACAGUAUAAAGAGUAAACUGUUCUUUCAUAAUGCAAAAUCAAGUAGUCGUAGGUCGAAAAGAAAGAGAUUUUUGGUCUUCUGGGUUUUAACCGUUACAAUCUUUGGCGGAAAUUAUUAUUCUUGAUCAAGUAAAAACGUUGUGUAUUCAUUCAUUUGUAAUGCGGUGGCCAAUAUAUAUACAAGUGACUAUUCCUGUGUAAUUUUGAGCGUA